AUGUUUGAAGACUGGAAUAGAAGCAAAAUUAAAUUCUCAUAUAGAGAGCAGCCCACCUGGGAUGAUGGCCAAGGAUUGUUACAGACUCUGUUCACAUCUGAUGAACGAACAUGCCGAGAGGCCCAACAGGCUGUCUUGGGCCCCAAUGGUCUCCCCACGGAUGACCCUGAGCAAUUAGCUGCUGUUUUCUCCACCUGUUGCCCUGACAGGGACCCAAAUAGUAAUAGAGAGAUUUACUCCACUAAGCUUGGAGCAACCUGCCACCUUUUGGUAACACUGCCUUUCUCCGAAGAAUAUAAGCUCUUGCCAGAACAAUUGCGGGAGGAUAAAACCUCCAACCACCAAGAAUUACUAGCUUAUUACAUGAAACUUGUGCCCCAGGUCUGGGCUGAAUCUAAUCCCCCUGGGCUAGCAAGGCACCAACCUCCAAUAGUGGUCCAGCUCAUGGCAACUGCCACCCCCAUCCGAGUAAAACAAUACCCUCUUCCAUUAAAGGCACGACAAGGGAUAGAACCUCACAUCAAUAAAUUAAAACAAGAAGGGAAACUAGUGCCUUGCAAGUCUAGCUGGAAUACUCCCCUGUUACCAGUCCAAAAGCCAGGGAAAAAUGACUACAGGCCUGUCCAGGACCUCCGGGAAGUCAAUAAGAGGGUGGAAACUAUCCAUGCAACUGUACCAAAUCCCUAUACGUUGUUGAGCCUGGUUAAUCCCCUCCAUCAGGUUUAUACAGUGUUGGAUUUAAAGGAUGCCUUCUUCAGUCUGCCCUUAGCCAAAAUCAGCUAGCCUCUGUUCGCCUUCGAAUGGGAAGCCACAGAUGGAAGCUACUCUGGUCGACUAACAUGGAGUAGACUGCACCACGGGUUUAAAAACUCACCUAUGCUGUUUGAUGAAGCGUUGAGCCGAGACCUCCAAGAUUUCAAGGUAAAAUAGGGACCAAAUACAACACUGUUACAAUAUGUCAAUGACUUGCUAUUGGCUGCACCCACCCUGGAGAUUUGUAAACAAGCCACAGGGGAUUUAUUAAAGACCUUACAAUGCCUAGGAUACCAGGCCCCAGCCCUGGCACUGCCCAAUCUAGAAAAGCCUUUUACCUUAUUUGUGGCCGAAAACAAGGGCAUCGCAAAGGGGGAGCUAACCCAAGAUCUAGGGCCAUGGAAAUGA